GCGCAUUUGCGUUGUAAUAAAGCGGUUUUCGUGCCCACACUCUAUGAUGAAGGCUUAUUCAGCAUUCCGGGAUUCCCAUCCAGGUGACCCCUCCUGAUAAUCUUGAAUACCAGACACUGGCGAGAAUUUGCUCCGCUGCAUGACUUAAGUUUAGCAAGUGUUCAGCUUUAAAUAUUUAUGAACACUGUCUAGUAUAUUAGCAUUCCUGGAUUUAAAUUCAGAACCAUCUUUCUUGAUAAUAUGUAUGCAACACCGAUAUGAAGAUCUCUACACAUUUUUGCUGAACAGUUUUUGUGGCUUUCAAGAUGAUUUUUUUUUUUCAGGCCACAUGUUUUUUACAAAUCGCUGGCUGCUAGUUAAACGAAAGUAAGAACAAACAGCAUAUUAGUUCAUGAGUCUUCAAUUUUUGUGAGUAAUGAACAUUUACUUGUAAAGUGUCCAAGCAGUAGUCAGUCACUCAAGAAAUGUAGCUGGUCUUAACGUAUUGUCAGCCAAACUGAUAGAAAAUUGACUAACGAAUUUCCCCUCCCUGAGCCUAACAGCGAGGGCGUCACCCUUGAGAUAAGCUUGGUAAUGGGUGAUACGAGUCCCCACUCUUAGUAAGCGCAUCAUAGUCAUUGCUCAAGAGGAGCGACACCAUGGACCUUCAAAUCUCUGAACAAGAUGAUGAAAAGAAGUACACUUCUGUCUGUGUUGGCAGAGAAGAUGACAUUAGAAAGUCAGAAAGAAUGACAGCUGUUGUCCAUGACAGAGAAGUGGUCAUUUUCUACCAUAAAGGGGAAUAUCAUGCUAUGGACAUUCGCUGCUACCAUUCUGGAGGACCCUUACACUUGGGAGAAAUUGAGGAUUUCAAUGGACAGUCAUGCAUAGUUUGCCCCUGGCAUAAAUACAAAAUCACUUUGGCAACAGGAGAAGGAUUAUAUCAGUCUAUAAACCCUAAAGACCCAUCAGCAAAACCCAAGUGGUGCUCCAAAGGCGUAAAGCAAAGGAUUCAUACCGUGACGGUGGAUAAUGGCAAUAUUUAUGUCACACUUUCUAAGGAACCUUUUAAAUGUGACUCUGAUUUUUAUGCCACUGGAGAAUUCAAAGUGAUUCAAAGUUCUUCCUGAUAAAAAAAUAUAUGGCAGCAACAACAACAAAAAUGUGUAUGUUUGAAAAGACUUUUCGGUCAUUUUUUUUUUUUUUUUCAGUUUCAAAGAUGAAUUUUUUCCAACAUAUAUACAAAUAUCUUCAAAAACCACAGAUUUUGUCAGGGGCUGGAGAGAAGGGCCAGUGUCUAAGAGCUCUUGCUAUUCUUUGAGAAGACCUGAGUUUGGUUCUUAGCACUCACAAGUGGCUCAUAGUCACCUGUGGCCUGUGAUUCUGACUCCAAGAGAUCUGAUACCCUCAUCUGGCCUCUGUGCGCACCUGCACAUUCAAGUCAUUUACACGUAAAUUAAAAUAAAAGCAGAUGUUUCUUACAGUUUUGGAUUUGGGAGGUCUAAAAGCACAUUUACUUUGGUAUGAUUUCAGGGGCCUGAUGAUGUCGGUAGAGUACUUUCCAUCUGUCUCAGGACUGAUUGGAAUCUGUACAGUAUAGGUUUGAGAUAAUCAGCUUAAGAAGGAUGGAGAUAACUUAGAGUAAACACAGUCAUAACAGAUAAAACAGAAAACAGGAAAAGUUUAAAUGGAAAAUAGAUCCCCCUUAAAUACAGCAGGUUUUAUUUUGGAAAGUUUUCAUAUGGUCAAAGUUAACAGCAGAAUGAAUCUUAUCGCUUGCUUCACCAGUUCCGAGCAUUCUUUUCACAUUGCUAUGUCCACAGAUUGCCUACCCCCUCUAAUUAUGGUUUUUAUAGGUUUAAAAGUAAAAUUUAAGUACACUGAGAUUCCCAAAGUUUAGUUGUGUACUUUUGCUUACAAAUGGUUAACAUGUUUUACUUGUUAAAAUUGCCUCCAAAACAUGAGGGCAAUGUAUAUUUUGAACAUAAAAAACAAAAAACUUAAAGCUAGGUGGUAUACACCUCUGAUUCCAGCAUUCUGAGGCAGAGGCAGAAGAAUCUUUAUGAGUUGAGGCCAACCUGGUCUACAUAGCCCCAGGCAGCCAGCACUGCAUAGUGAGACCCUAUCCAGGGGGCUGCGGGUGCUAGAUGUCAAAACCAAAUGUCUCUUUUUUUUGGGGGGGGGGGGCCGAAUUUUUUUGUAGCCCUGUCCAUCCUGGAGUUAACUGUAUACCAGGCUGUCCUCGAAUUCACAGAGAUUUACCUGCCUCUGCCUCUGCCUACUGAGUCCUGGGAUCAAAGGUGUAUACCACCACUGCCCAUCUUUGACUUGUCUCUUGUCAGGGGUGAUUUUUGAAGUAAAAAGGCCACACACUGUCACACUGUAGCCAAGACAGAUGUAAAGCCUCCUAUUUAAUAGGCCAAAGUACUUUCAAAUAAAAGUUUAAAAGAAUUUUAGAGAACAUGGUGCGUGGGGAACAUCUAGUUUCCCAUAAAUGUGUGGGCAGCAGAGAUGGAUCAUCUCAUUGCUUAGCAUCUACAAGCAGGGUUGAUGUUCACUUGGCUUGCCCUGGUUUUACUACACCAGUUAUUUGUGGCCUGGCUGUUCCGGCUGCCUGGGACCCUAUUGUUAGUCAGGAUUUAGGGUAACACCCUGGGUGUCUGUCAGGCAGAACUUAGCACUCAGUAAAAUGGAGGUAUAAAUGGGGCCAGAAAGGGUGUGUAGGUUAUGAAUUCAGGGCGAAUACAUUGAAAAACAAAACCAAAUCUCAAAGCAUAGGAAUUUUCAUGGUUUGGGUGAGUUAAGUAUCUUAACCUAGUACUUAGCAUGCUAAAGGACUUCACCUGGGUUGGGGUGGAGAGGUUGGGAUUCCUGGCAAGAUGGCUCAGUGGCUAAGUGUACUUGCUGCUCUUUCUGAGGACUGAAGUUUGGCUCACAAGUGCUUGGACCUUUUGCUGUGAAUUAUUGCAUUUCCUUUUCUUUUGGGAUAUGGGUUAUGUGAUAGAAGACAUUUGUUACUUAUUUGUGGAAGUACUAAUAAGCCAGGUUUGGGCUUCAAUAGUGUUUACACGAACAGCUGAGCUACUCAUGGGGUUCAAGAAAUGUGCCAUCUCUGAGGGGAGAUUUACCGGCCACAAAAUUUUACCAUGUGUUAGAGUGUAAAGUGCCUGGAGAAAUCAAAGUCAUUCCUUUAGGCAAAAACUAGGACCUCAGUUUAUAGGGCCAUGUAUAGCAGCAUUUCUGUCAUGAGCCAAUGGAAGUGAUGACUGCCACUUAUGGACUGGGUUCAUUGUUCUAAUUUGUCUUUAAAUUUGGAAAUAAAAGUGGUCAUUUUGGGGCUGGAGAGAUGGCUCAGAGGUUUAGAGCACUGGCUGCUCUUCCAAAGGUCCUGAGUUCAAUUCCCAGCGAGACCUGGUGCCCUCUUCUGGCCUGCAGGUGUACAUGGAGGCAGAACACAGUAUACACAAUAAAUAAAUAAAUCUUUAAAAAAAAAAAAAAGUGGUCAUUUUGCCAGGCUCAGUGGCAAGCGCCUAUAGUCCUGGCUUCUCAGGAGGCUGAGGUAAUAGGAUCAUUUGACCCAGAAAUUCAGAGCUGGAAUGGGGAUAUAGCCAAACUCUAUUAUCAAAUAACAACCUUAUCACAUCUUGUCCUAUCACAUAAAUCUCCCCAGAUUUGCAAGUAACAUUUUGUUUUAUAAGCUUUUGUAUCUAUAAACAUCAAGUCCUUUAUAAUUUCACAAGUGAGUCAGGAGGAGGACUCAGCUCUAGAGCCUGCAAAUAGAAACUUUUUUUUUUUUUUACUUUCUCUGAAAAAGAUAUGUAAGCAUUGUUUUAAACAGUUUCUGUCUGCCUGUAUGUAUAUGCACCACACACCAGAAGAGGGCAUCAGAGCCUGCAGUUAUAGACAGUUCUCAGUCAGAGAGGCUGAGAACCUAAUCUGGGUUCUCUGCAAGAGCAGCAAGAGCUUUUAACUACUGAGCCAUCUCUCCAGCCCCUAAAUAUAUACAGCAUUUUGUUAUGAUAUUUUUCUUUCCAGAUAAACAUUCAAAACAAUUCUUAACAUAUAAAUGAAUUUGAAUACAUCUAUAUUAUAAACAGUAUGAAUACAACAGAAUAUGAAUUCUCUUAUUAUAAAUGUUGUAUGGCUAAGUAUUUUCUAUAACAGUAUGGUCAGUGAUUAAGAGCACAUUCUGCUCUUCCACAGGACCAGGUUUGGGUUCCAGCAUCCGUGUCAGGCAGCUCCUGGAGACCUGACACUAUUUUCUGGCCUGUGCAGAUACCUACACAUAUACUUAUGAAAAUAAAAGUUAAAAACACUGGAUAGGCAUACAUAUAUUGUACGUCAAGAUUCAUUUUAUUGUCUCUGUCAUAUAAAUACAAGAGAAUGAUGCCAUAGCCUUUUUGCUGCUCUAUCCCCUUUUAAAAGAGCAUUCAGCAUAUCUGAACUGGUCUUCUGGUAUGUCUGAUGAAAUGCAUGUGGAUAGAUAACUAUUGCACUCUCUAUAAAGUGGUAUCUGUUCAUAUUUCUCAUUCAUUCAGCUCAGCUGAUUGGUCAAACACGGAGUGUAAAACCUGGAUCUUGUUACUCUGCUUGUUGGCAGGAGGCUUGGGGUGGCCUGCAAGGUUCUCAGUCUUCUCUGGCAAUGACCUGUAAGGUUUCGCUUUGAUUUCACCUUCAGAAAAUACGGGCGUUGGAAGCACAGGCUCAGAAAAGGCUUUCCGAAAAUUCUCACUCUCUCUAUUUUGCCUUAUGGAUUCUUCUUCUUGGAAAAUGCUCUUUAUCUUUCCAAGCACAGCAUUAACACAGACGGCCUGUACCAAUAAAAGCCACAGACAAAAAGUAACACAUCUGACAUAGUCAAUAAUCUUCAUGUUCUAAUUUAAAAAGCCCUUCCUGUGAGGAAACACUGAGUCAUGGGAGGCGAUUAAUUCCUUAUCCUAAAUAUGGAAAAAUGUUUAAAUAAAAUUUGCAGAACUGAGAAAUGCAGCAGGCUUAUUCAUUCAACCUGUUCUGUAUUACUAAUGAUGACAACAAUGAAGCCAAGUAGGACAGCAGCAUAUUCCAGAAAGCUAAAGGGAACCUAACUAGUUUACUGUGCAGAAGAGCUGCUUCAAGAUGACGUUAUGACAGUAGAUACUCAGUGUUUUCUCUCUCCUUCAGACUUCAAAGCUAGAGGGCUUUCUUACCUCUCUAACAAAACUUUGACUGGAAUCACACAUUGGUUAACAUGAAAGACUUACCAUUGUGCAUUUCCAUACAUUAUAUUAUACUGCAUCUUUAUCUGACCCACCCUCUUCAUCUUUGCACCAGUCCCUUGCCCCUUCCUAGCACUACUCUCAAUAGUUUAGGUCUUUUUUAAAAAGUCAUUUUAGUCUCCGUAUGAGACAACACAUACUCUUCUUUCUGUGUCUUUUGUCGUCUUUUUCAGCAGGAUGACCUCAAGUUCUAGUUUUAAUUUUUCCACAUGAUAUAAUUUCAUUUCAUAGCUUUCUUCUGCAUUGAUAUAGAUGAUCAUGCCAUUUUUUGUCUUAAUUCUGUUUAUACUCUGUGUUAAAUGUAUUGGCUUGCAAAUGUAAAAACCAUCCUAGCAUCCUUGUUAUAAAACUGAUUUAAUGAUGUUAGAUGAUGGUUAUUUUAGUUUUUCAAGAUAGGGUUUCUCUGUGUAGACUUGGUUGUCCUGGACUCGCUUUGUAGACCAGGCUGGCCUCGAACUCACAGUGAUUCUCCUGCCUCUGCCUCCUGAGUGCUGGGAUUAUAGGCAUGCACCACCACACUCAGCUAGAUGAUAUUUUUUUAAAUAUAUUUUUGAGUUAAAUUUUUAAAUAUCUUUUAUGUUUUUUUGCAUCUAAUACAUUUUAGAGAUAUUCAAGAAUUAAAAAGAUUAUGUUGCCCUAUACUUUCUUUCCCUCUCUUUUCUCCAUUUCGCAUUUUUUAUAUUUGUAAAGCUUGUAUUAAUGACUUAAAUAUGUUUUGGAAAAUAGUGUUUUAUGUGUUGACUAAAAGAAUGUGUGUUUUGCUAUGUUGUAUGGAAUAUUGUGUAGAUAUUUGUUAAAUCAUUGACCGUUAGUAUAUUUAAUGUUUCUUUGUUGAUAUUUUUGUCAUGAUGAUCUAUCCGGUGGUGAGAGCAGGGAUACUAAAGUCACCCACUAUUAUUGUAUUGUAUCUUUAUCUCCUUUUAUUCUGUGUAGUAUUUGUUUAAUAAGAUUGAGUGAUCCGACUUUCAAUUUACACAUAUUUAUAACCAUAUGUCUCCUUACUGGAUUGUUCCUCUUAUGGUUUAGAUGUGAAAUGUUCUCCACAGGCUCAUGGGCUAAAGGCUUGGUCCCCAGAUAAUGGACCUGUUUUCGGGGGUACUGGUAAUCUUAAGUCAUGGGUACUACUUACAGUAAAUAUUUCACUGGAGGCAUGUUCUAGGGGCUGUAUCUUGCCCUGUCCAUAUCUCUUCCCUCUGCUUCUUCUCUGUUAUUAAAGGAACAGCUUCUGCAUUCAUUGCCAUGCUGUUUCUGUCUCGCAUACCUCCAAUGCCAAAGCAGUGGAGAAAACUAGCAUUAGCUGAAACCUCUGACACCAUGGGCCAAAAUCAACCUUUUCUUCUUUAAAAUUCUUUCAGUUUUUUCAGUGAUGGAAAGCACAGUUUCUUUUGUCCAUAUAAACUGACCUCAUUUUUGUCUCUUCUGAA